UGUGGACAGCGCUGGGGGAGGGGGGAUCCACUUCUCAAACCGCAGAUCCUGGAGCCACCCAAGGGAAUCCGCUACUGCAUCCUUCGAGGUGGAGAAGCAGCAGCAGAAACAUGGCUUGUGCUGAAGACCACCACCCCCAGAGAGAGAGAGAUGGCUUCUGCCGAAGGCGAUGACACUACGUAGCACUUGUUAGAAUCAAAUUAGGUUUUGCUUGGUGGUGGCUGCAGAAUAUCAAUGGAAAAACACAGAAGGAAUUUACCCUACUGCUUUUUAACGCUCUAAGAGCAGACAUGCCUGGUUUUGUUCUUGAGACAGGUAGCUGCUAUAUAAGCCCACAUAUCGGCAACUGCCCUGUUUCUUUCUAGAGUAAUGGCAAUGUUAUCACUGCCAUAAAGGAGAGAAGGAAGAGGACAUAAAAGACCGGUUCAUUAGUUAUGCUACCUGCCAACUUCUUUUUUCCAUACAAAACAAAAUAAUCAGCUUUGAUAAUAUAACAACUAAUUAAAACCUAAUACUUAAUAGUUACAUCAGUCAUACAAAGUAAAAUCAAGCCUUUACACACAAUAUCGUUUAUUCAUAUAGUGAAAUACAGAGUCAGGAACACACUAAUAAUGUUAAAAAAGGAUAGGAAUGAACUAUAGCAUUAUAGAAAUAUCCAGGCAUUUUAAGUCAUGAAUACCACCUCCACCUACUGCGUAGCAUCACUAAAAAUAUUAAGAAUAAAGAAUUCAGUUUUAACUGAAACACAGUGACAUGGCUCAUGCCCAGAUCAGAAAGUGAGAAAAGAAGUUUAUUACACCUUCAAACUAUUCCAUACAUUUUUGAGCGCCUCAGAAUAACUUUUAUUAAACAAUACUUUGCCAUGUAAACAACCCUUGCAGGUAUGCUUGCAUUUUUAAGAACUAUGGUGAAAAAAAUUAUAAUACUUCCACCUCAAAUGUUAGAAACAUGUAGUAAACUUUCACCCUGUGACUCCCCAAAAAUACGGCACAUCUCACCGAAACCGUCUGAACCUCUGGUUUCAUGCUAGCCUAAAACAGCAAGACUAGCUCCUAAUUUCCAAAAAGCACCUGAACCACAGGCUCCCUUCAGGGCUGAGCUAACCUCAAGUCUGGUCUCAACAUUUCCGUCUUCUCUUCCAAAUGCUUUCUGUUGGUGUGGCUGCAAAGACUUCAAGGCCAGCUAACUGCCCAAUCUAAAUUUCCUUGUAUAAAGGAAUUUUGAAGAAGGCCCUUAGCACCUAGGAAUUUUGUAAUACAGCUCUCAUUAUUGUUCAGCCUCACCACCAAAAAGCUGAAGACGUUUGCUCUGGUUGUUGUGUCACUUUUAAGCAACAGAAUUUUAAAAGCAUGGUACCUGGAUAAGACUGAAAAAGCAAAGAGGCACAUCCAGCAAAUGGCUUGACAACCCCUCCAGCCCCGAUGGAAGCCACCCCUCAGGAUCAUAAGCUAAAUAGAAAGCAUUCAGAAUCUCUCCCCCUAUAUGCUCCAGUAGGAAAAGGGCAAAAUCCACAGCACUCAGCUUCCUCCUGGGUUCCCAGGAUUCUACCUUGCCUUCACCUGUGCCCCCAGACAGUGACCGGUCAGGUGCUGCGCAUUCUGACUGAUAGGACACAGGCACCGACUCUUCCCCACCUGAAUGACUGCACCGACAGGAUAAGCCUUCCUGCUUCUCCAGGGAAAAGGACACUUACUCAUUUCUCCUCUUUUAUAAAGCCAGUCAUUUCCACAAACUAAGAAACUGUAGAAAUUCAAGAUUUCUUACAUCUGUACCCCUCUUAUCCGAUUUGGCUUAAGCAAACAUGACAGUUCACUGGGAACAGAGGAAAAACUUACAGCAUAGUCAUCUAAGUUUUCUUUACUUAGCAAACCUGUUUAUUUCUUACACCCGACUUUUGGAAUGUAACUGACUAGUGCUUGGGAACUAUACAAUGUUCUAAAGCCAGUCAAAAACAGACUGAAGCUUUGUGGUUUGUUUUUUUUAAUCUGGAAAAAGUAUUUCACACAUCACUAGCAUUAGGUUUCAGGCCUCAGGAGCUGUCUGCCAGUUACUCAGACAGAAAACAUGCUCCAGAAAAACCUCAGUAAAAUUACACCGUAUCUCUGUGAACCACAGUUUCUGUCAAGACAAGUUAGCAUAUCUUUUUCUAUCAAACACAGAACUGCCAAGAGCCUUGCCCCAAGGGCCUCUGCUGUCAGGGAGGCAGGUGUAAGCUCUCGGCUGAAGUCCUGGGAGAAUCUCUUCUGGAACAAAACCUCAUCCCUUGUUUCACCGUUUUUUCUGCAGCUAUUUCUCAACAGCAACUGAAUCAUAACAACGCUCCUGGAGUUUACAUUCCCUUCGAUAACAGACACACCAGCGUCAAAAAAUCAGCCAGGAAAGGCUCACGAUUUCGAUUUCUGCUUCCAGACCUUUUUUUUAAAAAAAAACCAACCAAAAAAACAAAAAAGAGAACACCAAACCAACAGCCCUAGUGCGAGCCUCUAUCUAUUAAAAUCAUACGAAAACGUUGAGACUUGAUGUUUAUAAGUAAAAGGAAGAAAAAUCAUGCCCGAACCAGGCCGACAGGCCGAGGCCUGCGGCCGGACCGUGGGCCAAGAGCAGGGCCCCCCCGUCCCGCUGCCAGCGCGGCCCCGCCCUGUGCCGCAGGUACCUCGGCGGCGGCCGCGCGCGAAGCGACAAGCACGACCCGGGCGGUCCCCGAGCCCCGGUGGGGCCUCCCCGGCGCACCGGCCCGGCCCGGCGGCAGGCCGCAGGCAGCAGCGCGAGCAGACCGGCUCAGAGGAAGCGGAGCCUCCCCCCCGGUACGGGGCUCGCCAAGGGACAAGCCCCGCGCCCGCCCGCGGGGCCCCGCCCCCUUCGCGCUCCCGCCACGCGGAGAGCGGCGGCCACGCCCCCUCCCCGCACGACGUGCCCUGCGCCGGCGCGCGAAGAGAGAAGAAGCGCGCCCGUUACGAGCGACCGGCAACCAUGAUCACUUCCGGUUUCUCUUCCCCCAACCCCCCAGCUGCAGCCCAGGAGGUCAGACCUGCCACUGAUGGUAACACCAGCAGCAGCUCCUCCUGCAAGAAGAGAAAGUUAAAUAACAGCAGCAACAGUAAUUCUGAAAGAGAAGAAUUUGAUUCCAUAUCUUCCUGCGCCUCUUCUCCUUCCAAAAACACCUCCUCAUCAUCCUCCUCCGUCAUCACCACCUCCUCGUGCUCCUCCUCAGCGAUUGCCUCCUCAAACCAUCAUCUCCAGAAGAAGCUGCGCUUCGAGGAUUCCGUGGAUUUUAUUGGACUCGAUGUGAAGAUGGCUGAAGAGUCGUCCUCCUCCUCCUCUCCUGCUGCCUCUUCUCAACAGCAGCACCAACAACAGCUCAAAAAUAAAAGCCUUUUAAUUUCGUCAGUGGCUGUGGGGCACCAUGCAAAUGGCCUGACCAAAGCUGCCUCCUCUACUGUUUCCAGUUUUGCCAACAGUAAACCUGGCUCCGCUAAGAAAUUAGUGAUCAAGAACUUUAAAGAUAAACCUAAAUUGCCUGAAAACUACACAGACGAAACCUGGCAAAAACUGAAAGAAGCUGUAGAAGCUAUCCAGAACAGUACUUCAAUUAAGUACAAUUUAGAGGAGCUCUAUCAGGCUGUUGAGAAUCUCUGCUCCUACAAGAUUUCUGCAAACUUGUACAAACAGUUGAGACAGAUCUGUGAAGACCACAUUAAAGCACAAAUUCACCAGUUCAGAGAGGAUUCAUUGGAUAGUGUCCUUUUUCUAAAGAAAAUAGACAAAUGUUGGCAAGAUCACUGCAGACAAAUGAUUAUGAUUAGAAGUAUCUUUUUGUUUUUGGAUCGGACUUACGUACUUCAGAAUUCAAUGCUGCCAUCUAUUUGGGAUAUGGGGCUAGAAUUGUUCAGAACUCAUAUAAUCAGUGAUCAGAAGGUUCAGAACAAAACUAUUGAUGGCAUUCUUCUGCUGAUUGAGCGGGAAAGAAAUGGUGAGGCUAUCGAUAGGAGUUUACUGCGAAGCCUUUUAAGCAUGCUUUCUGACUUGCAGAUUUAUCAAGACUCUUUUGAACAUCGAUUCUUGGAAGAGACUAACCGCCUGUAUGCAGCAGAGGGACAGAGGCUUAUGCAGGAGCGAGAGGUUCCAGAAUAUCUUCACCAUGUGAACAAGCGCUUGGAAGAAGAAGCAGACAGGAUAAUCACUUAUUUAGAUCAGAGCACACAGAAGCCACUAAUUGCUACUGUAGAAAAGCAACUUCUAGGUGAACAUUUAACAGCCAUUCUUCAGAAAGGUUUAAAUCACCUUCUUGAUGAAAAUCGUAUUCAAGACCUGUCCCUUCUGUAUCAGCUGUUCAGUCGUGUGAGAGGCGGAGUACAGGUUCUCUUGCAACACUGGAUUGAGUACAUAAAGGCGUUUGGCAGCACCAUAGUAAUUAAUCCAGAAAAAGACAAAACCAUGGUCCAAGAGCUACUUGACUUUAAGGACAAAGUUGACCAUAUUAUUGAUGUUUGCUUUCUGAAGAAUGAAAAGUUUGUAAAUGCCAUGAAAGAAGCCUUUGAAACAUUCAUUAACAAAAGACCAAAUAAGCCAGCUGAACUUAUAGCUAAAUAUGUAGAUUCAAAGCUUCGUGCAGGCAACAAAGAAGCUACUGACGAAGAGCUUGAAAAAAUGCUGGAUAAAAUUAUGAUCAUAUUUAGAUUCAUAUAUGGAAAAGAUGUCUUUGAGGCCUUUUAUAAAAAAGAUCUAGCAAAGAGACUACUAGUUGGAAAGAGUGCAUCAGUAGAUGCUGAAAAAUCUAUGCUUUCCAAACUCAAACAUGAAUGUGGAGCUGCUUUCACCAGCAAACUUGAAGGAAUGUUUAAAGAUAUGGAGCUUUCAAAAGACAUAAUGAUACAAUUUAAACAGUAUAUGCAAAAUCAGAAUGUCCCUGGCAACAUUGAACUAACAGUGAAUAUUCUGACUAUGGGUUAUUGGCCAACCUACGUGCCUAUGGAGGUCCAUUUGCCCCCAGAGAUGGUAAAACUGCAGGAGAUUUUCAAGACAUUUUAUUUAGGAAAACACAGUGGUAGGAAGCUUCAGUGGCAGUCAACACUAGGACACUGUGUGCUAAAAGCAGAAUUUAAAGAGGGCAAAAAAGAGCUUCAGGUCUCCUUGUUCCAGACACUGGUGCUGCUCAUGUUUAAUGAAGGAGAAGAGUUCAGUUUAGAGGAGAUAAAACAAGCCACUGGGAUAGAGGAUGGAGAGCUGAGAAGGACACUCCAAUCCCUGGCUUGUGGUAAAGCCCGAGUACUGACUAAAAGUCCCAAAGGCAAAGACGUGGAAGACGGUGAUAAAUUCACAUGUAAUGAUGAUUUCAGACAUAAGCUCUUCAGGAUAAAGAUCAACCAAAUUCAGAUGAAAGAAACGGUAGAGGAACAGGCAAGCACUACAGAGAGAGUAUUCCAGGACCGGCAAUACCAGAUUGACGCUGCAAUUGUACGAAUCAUGAAGAUGCGCAAGACACUGAGUCAUAACCUGCUUGUGUCAGAGGUCUACAACCAGCUUAAAUUCCCAGUAAAGCCUGCUGACCUUAAGAAGAGAAUAGAAUCCUUAAUUGACAGGGACUACAUGGAAAGAGAUAAAGAAAACCCGAAUCAGUACAACUAUAUUGCAUAAACAUGUUGGCCUUUGUUUUACUGCACACUUGGUGUCAUACACAGUUGCCAGUGGAUAAACUAGCCUGUUGAUCCCGUUAAUUGACUUUUUAUACUACCGAUGAUUGAAUGAAAGCAGUGUAAUGGAAAAGUAUAGUAGAGUGGACUUCUUUCAGUGGUUAACAUGCCCAUUUAAAAGAGUACUAUUUACAUUUUAAGAAGAAUGCUGUUGAACUCUUUGCAUGUUAUUUAGUAAGAUGUGCAGAAAGCUGAAAGAAAGUACCUGGUCUUUGUGAUUCCAUUUGUCUCUGGGUCUGAAGAGGGAGUCCCUUGAUAUAUGACAGAUGUCUUUCACACCUUUAAAUGGAAACAGAAGGUUAAUUAAUAUAAGAAAAUAGCCUUUAAAAUGCUUAAACUGCAUGCAAACUUUUAAUUUACUGUACAGAAUGCAUUUCAGUUAGUAACAUACCAUUGGUUUGGUUGAUGCCCACACUUGGAUUUUUUUUCCCUUGAGGGAGGGAAAAUGGGGAAUAAGCCAAGCUAUGCUUAUUGCUGAUCUAAUGGAAACUAUUCUUGGUCACAAUUAAGACAAAAUGGUACCAAUAUAAAACGAUGUAUAGAGUUUGCAGUGUGGGCAUGUGUUCUGUAUAUACAAACACCAUUCUUAAAUAAGUGCUGCAACAAAACAAGUUCAGAUUAGAUUUAUAUGGCUUGCCUAUAAGAUUUAGCGUUCACCUUUGGGAAUUUUAAGCAUAAAACAGCCAUAAUGGAAAAAGUGACAGUUUUUACUAGUCAUGGGUAGGAGGCCUUCACCUCUUGGCAGCAAUACUCUAGAAAAGAGAAUCUAUUUACAGAUAUCUAUGAAAAGCCACACUGUUCUUGUGGUAAAGCUGUAAGAACAAAAAUUACAAAUGGAUUUUAAUACUUGUUUUGCUUUGCAACGUUCUAAACUUGAACUAACCUCAAGGUUUAGACAGGACAGCUCUUCUAAGACUGUCCUGCUUUGGAUUGCUUUAACUUAAAGCUUUAAGAACUCAGCCCUAGAAGUGGCAGGCCUCCUAGAACCCAGAAGCCUACCUCUCAUAUAGAAAGUUAAGUAUUGCUACAAGGCAUCUAAAAUAUAUUUUCUUAGAUGACCAGAGAGCAUUCUUUGCAUCUUUAUAAGACAUGGGAGAAUAAGUCACUUGAAUGUAGAGCUUUGUUUCAACAAAAUGCAUUUUUUUUAUUGCUAUAGCAGCAUGUGCCAGGAAUAUAUGGAAAAAAGUGUCAGCGGAAAAGGUAACUCCUCCACAUAACAGUUCUUCCUUACCCAGCCAGGCUUUAGACCUUAUGAUCAGCUGUGUUGCGGAGCACAAUGAAACACCUCAUCUUGUUCAGGCACUGAUAGUCCUGGGGAAUACCAGAUACUUCUUGAAAGCAAGAUUUUACUUUUGUUUGAUGGCAGUGUAACUUAGCUCUCUAUGAUCUAUAACUUUUAUCACUGUGAUCCCACAUUCAGGGGUGUGCAUGUGUGAGAGAGGGAGUGUGUGUGUGUGUGUUUUGUACCUGACACAUCCCAUCCUUAUUGCUUUUUUGAUCUACUGUUUAAUUCCAUAUUUUCUCUGACUGUGUUUUCUCUCAAGCUCUUUUAUACGCAGUCCUCAGCUGACAGAUGAAGCAAAUGUGUUUUUCUCCUACUAAAUUAUUUGCUGUUACCUCUAGUAACUGUCAUACAACUCUGUGAUCUGCAGAAAAUCUACCUUAUCCUCUGACACUGUUGCAACAUAACCACUGGUAGACAUCCAGGACCACCCUUGCCUCUGUAAGAAAAAUACUAACAGUAGAGUUAUCUGGUAAGAAACUUGAAGACUGCUCCUGCAGAUCUUUUAAGUAUUAGUUUAAAUAGAGGUCCACUGGGAAGGAAAGAAUGCCCCUGCCCGCCCCAACCUUCUGUAUUUUGCAUUCAAUGUUCCUUUUUCUUGUAUGUGUUUUGUAUCUUUAGCCAAUAAAAGAUUCCUUUUUAAAAGGUGUUUUGGAGAAGAGGCAUAAAACUUAACUCUGGGAGACAGGAGAUGAUGAGUAUCAGUAUUGAACUGGUUCCCUUCAGUCUGUUGUAGCAUAUAAAUCUAACACCACUACAUGUUUAAAAUGCCUAUUCUGGUAAAAUCCUCCCUCCUUAGACAAGUGUGUUGCAUUCAGUCAAACUAACCAGAAAGGUCUAAAGGCUUAUUUAAUUUUUACCACAUCGAUUUCAGUAACUUUAAUGCAGAAAAUAUUACCUAGAAAAAUGUCCUCAAAUCUCAUCAGACUUCCAUGAUCUGAGGCAGACCCAAAGCGGCGAUCCAGUUAAAGCAACCCAAAGAACGGACUUGGAGAAUCCCGGCUAGGCCUAGAGAGGGGGUGAGAGAGGGGAGGGGAGAAGGCUUCUCUUUUUAUCUUCAUGAGUUUUCCCCAAGAACUUGUUCAUCUCUUCUGCUAAGGUCUCGCUCAUUCCUGGUUAAUGACAAAGCUGCAGCCAAGAUUUAUUGUCCAGCCGUACAACUCUGUAACUUCUUGCUGGGAUCAUGUGCCUGCCUAUUGAGCCAUAUAUAUCUCUGUAAGAAAAAGAAAAUUAAAGUGGGCUUGGACCACAACUCAUCUGGCUAUAACACAGCUUGUCUGUUUGGCCACACAUUUUUAAUCUUGACUUGCAUGCAGUUUAUAGCACCUUGUUCAUAAGAAAUUGCAGUUUAUUCUUAGAAAUAUAUAUUUUAGGUUUUUUAAUCUUUAUACCCAUAAAUGGACUAUUUUUUUGUCUUGGCUGGUUUAAAAAGUGACCAUUUUGUUUAAAUGCUGUAAUUGCAAAUGUGUUGUAAACGUUGUUUUGUUCUAUAGUUUACACAAAGGUGCCAAAGUAAAUAGUUAAUAAAAGAAAACAAACCCUAGCAAAUUAAGUUGCUUUAGCUGUUCUUCAUAUUUUGGUCUUUUUUUUUUUUUGUCAGCCUUUCAUUUUUUUCCUAAACAUAUCAUUUGCCCUAAUGCUUUCUUUAAAAAAAAAAUGCAUCUAAAGAAAUAUUCAAAUACCACUUUUUUUAGUGAUUUCAUAUAGUAGGAAGAAUAUUUUCUUUGAAACGUUACACUAAAGUUGUAAGAGUACAGCAGCAUUCAGAAAUGUAAUAUACUUUUUGUAUAACAGUUCUUCAGAGUGUGUCUGGAGUGGGGGGAAAAAACUAACCGUUACUUCUCAGAAGCCUCUUCCCUCAGCUACCAGAACAUGAAAUUGUGCUUUUUCACUGCAUCAAAGAGUUAUAGUUUAUGCAGACUUGCAAACAGGGCAUGUAUCACCGUUGCAUCCUUCGAUGCAAAAAGCAGCAAAACCUUUUUUAUGUUUCAUAAGUCUGAUAUGGGUACAGAGAGUCUUUCUUAAGUUGGUAAAUAAUGUAAAUACAUGUCCUUUCAGAGAGUGAGUCUGUUAUCUAGGUAUUUUGUGUCAUUUAAUAAAUAUUAAACAGUUUUGUGUUGAUAAACUCUUGUGUGUAAAAUGCCUUCUUACUCAAAAGGUCUGUAUGUUGGGCUUACUAAUGUUUGUGGCUUCUUUAAAUUCUUUAGCUUGUGCUUUGAUAGCAAAAUACUUGUUUGCUACUUCAAUACAAUAAGUAGUUCCUUCUUAAUUCAGUCAUUAAAAUCCCUUGAGUUUUCUAA